AUGUCCUACCAAAUCGCCUACGACACAGCCCGCGCACCUCCCCGCGGCGCUGCCCUCGUCGCAUUCAUGGAAGACUUCUACCGCACCAGCGAUACAGAAUCACAGCACGAGAAAUACGUCCAGAGCUUCGUCGAGGACGCGACGCUCAUCAUGGGACCAAAGGAAGCGAAGGGCACAGCUGGAAUUCUCAACCUUCGCCAUGGGCUCUGGACGCACGUUGCAUCGCGCCGACACACGCCUACGCGGAUUUUCUUCAGCGGUGACGAUGAGAUCAUGUUGUAUGGUGGUGUGAACUAUAGACUCAAGGCUAACCCCGAUGAGGAUGUCUAUGUGCCUUGGGCUGGGCGUGUUGUCUUUGCGCCCCACAAGGAGGGCGAAGAUAUCAAGAUGCAGUUCUACCAAGUGUACUUGGAUACUGCGGCUCAGUCGGGAAAGAAAUAG